AUGGCCCGAGCUCACUGGGGCUGCUGCCCCUGGCUUGUCCUCCUCUGUGCUUGUGCCUGGGGCCAUCCAAAGGCAGUGGACCUUGAACAAGACGACGUGAGAAACUGUUCAAGCAGCCCUCCGUAUCUUCCAGUUACUGCGGUUAAUACUACAGAGCGGCUCGCAGCCCUUCGCCAGCAGCUGCAGAACCAGAAUCUCUCUGCCUACAUCAUCCCAGACACGGAUACCCACAUGAACGAGUACCUCGGCACACAAGAUGAGAGACGUGCAUGGAUUUCAGGCUUUACAGGGUCUGCAGGCACCGCGGUGGUGACCAUGGAAAAAGCAGCUGUCUGGACUGACAGUCGCUACUGGAUUCAGGCUGAGCGGCAGAUGGACUGCAACUGGGAGCUCCAUAAGGAAGUUGGCACCACUCCCAUUGUCACCUGGCUCCUCGCUGAGAUUCCCACAGGAGAGCGUAUCGGCUUUGACCCCUUCCUCCUCUCUGUUGACACCUGGAAGAGUUAUGACGAGGGCCUUCAAGACUCUGAGAGACAGCUGGUGUCCAUCCCGACCAACCUUGUGGACCUGGCGUGGGGGUCAGAUAGGCCCCUGGUUCCAAGCGAACCUAUUUAUGCCCUGCAGGAGGCGUUCACAGGGAGCACUUGGCAAGAGAAAGUAUCAGACAUCCGAAGCCAGAUGCAGGCGCACGAAAAUGCCCCAACUGCAAUCCUUCUGUCGGCGCUUGAGGAGACAGCCUGGCUCUUCAACCUUCGCAGCAGUGACAUCCCCUAUAACCCUUUCUUCUAUUCCUAUGCGCUGCUCACAAACUCCUCCAUCAGGUUAUUUGCAAACAAGAGUCGCUUCAGCUCCGAGACCCUGGAGUACCUGAACUCCGAUUGCAUAGGCCCUAUGUGUGUGCAACUCGAGGAUUACAGUCAAAUUCGUGACAGUGUCCAGGCCUAUGCCUCAGAAGACGUGAAGAUCUGGAUCGGGACCAGUUAUACCACGUAUGCGCUCUAUGAAGUGAUACCCGAGCAAAAACUCAUUGAAGACACCUACUCCCCAGUGAUGAUCACCAAGGCGGUGAAGAACAGCAAGGAGCAGGCCCUCCUCAAGGCCAGCCACGUGCGGGAUGCUGUGGCCGUGAUCCGGUACUUGGUGUGGCUGGAGAAGAACGUGCCCAAAGGCACGGUGGACGAGUAUUCUGGGGCAGAGUUCGUGAACAAGCUCCGAGGAGAAGAAGAGUACUCCGCCGGGCCCAGUUUCGAAACCAUCUCUGCUAGUGGCCUGAAUGCUGCCCUGGCCCACUACAGCCCAACCGAGGAGGUGCACCGCCAGCUGUCCUCAGACGAGAUGUACCUGCUGGAUUCUGGGGGGCAAUACUGGGACGGCACCACAGACAUCACCAGAACAGUCCACUGGGGCACCCCCACUGCUUUCCAAAAGGAGGCAUAUACCCGAGUGUUGAUGGGAAACAUCGAUCUGUCCACACUCAUCUUUCCUGCUGAUACAUCAGGGCGAGUGGUAGAGGCCUUUGCCCGCAAAGCCUUGUGGGAUGUUGGGCUCAAUUAUGGUCAUGGGACAGGCCAUGGCAUUGGCAACUUCCUGUGUGUGCACGAGUGGCCAGUGGGAUUCCAGUCCAACAACAUUGCCAUGGCCAAGGGCAUGUUCACAUCCAUCGAACCUGGUUACUAUCAGGAUGGAGAAUUUGGGAUCCGUAUUGAAGAUGUGGCCCUCGUGGUAGAAGCAAAUACCAAGUACCCAGGGAGCUACCUGACCUUUGAAGUGGUGUCCUUGGUGCCCUAUGACCGGAACCUCAUUGAUGUCAGCCUGCUGUCCCCUGAGCAGCUCCAGUACCUGAAUAGCUACUACCAGACCAUCCGCGAGAAGGUGGGCCCAGAGCUGCAGCGGCGCAACCUGCUGGACGAGUUCACAUGGCUGCAGGAGCACACGGAGCCCCUGUCCGCCAGGGCCCCGGGCACCACCUCCUUGGCCUCUGUGCUGGCAGCCUCUACUCUUACCAUCCUCGGCUGGAGUGUCUAG